AUGUCACAUAAUAUUUCGAUGGAACCAUAUUGUCCUCAAGUUACCGCCAAGGAAAAUACAAUAACCAAUCUUACAGAUACACGUAUCAAUAAAAUCUACGUCUACGAAGUUUGGUUUCAUGUUUUACAUUUGAAUAAUAUGAUUCCCGUUCCCGAAAGAACAGGAGUGGACCGAACUCGACGGCACUGCAGUGUCAAGACGAUCCGUGGCACAGGUCCGAGUGAACUCGGGUGA